GACUGGGCGGAUGCGCUCCUCCAACAGGACUGGGAGGCUCGGCGUCAGGCCGUGCAGGCGAUUGGCCGGCUGCCCAAAGCGCAGGGCGACUCGCGAGCCCUGGAGAUUUCUCCCUCAACCUGGUUCGGUGGCUGGCCGUUACAGUUGACCACGAGCAUCCUAGUGCGCAGCAGCCAGGGAAAAUUCGAAGGCCUUGUGGCAGGAGUUCUCUCCUACAACAUCGGCCUCUUGCACUACGAGCACCACGACAUCUUAAAGAACACGACUUGGGAGCUUUUGAUUUACACGAUUCUCCGAGAGACUGAGGAAACGCGCGAGGUUUGCAACAGACGCGGUGCUGCUGAAAGCCUGGUCAAGGACGAGAACGGGGACCUGGACAACGAGCUAUUCUUCGAGCGUCUGAAGUUGUGGUACAGGGUCUACGACGAUGGAGUAGAUGAGCCUGUGAGGUUGGCAAGGCCAGACGGUACCGUGGACGUGGGAUCAGAUGGUUUGGUCCUGCUGAGCGUGGAGGAAGUUCGGGACCCAGCUGAUCCCAACAUCAUACUCCAACGGGCCAUACCGUCCCGAGUGCAGGCGCUGCGCAAUGCUUUGAGAGACGUCCUCAGCAUGAGCGACCAGGAAAUGGUUUCGACGGCGAUCCAAGGGGCCUGGGCUUUCAACAAGUUCAUCGAUGACGUGAAGCUCCAGAUCCAAGGAGACUUGAGGAGGUUUCAAGAAGCCAGAGCUCUCUCGUUGCGUCUGGUGAUGCGGAAAGACGACCAUGGUGAGAGCUACUGCCAGAACGAUGAUGCCGAAGAUCCUGGAGAUGUCAGUGCGACCUGGGACGACACCGGCAAUGGGUCGAAGAGCCCGACUUCAGCGACACGGGACUAUGACGCCCAGGAGCACCCGGACUACCGUGGCGAGAUUGCAGAGGUAGAUGAGGACACCGACAACAUCUCCGAAGAAGAAGGCUACCCAAUCUGGGAUCAAGUCGAGAAGGCGGACGAGGAUGAAGUGAAGCAGUUUGUGGAAACCACGAGUCGUUUGAGAACGCCCGCCGGAACGCCGGGACUUUUUGAUACCAUCGUGAUCGAUGCCACAUGGAUCCGGAAGUCGAACAGAUAUCCAGACGGGCAGAAGGACAUGCUCAGCGCUCGCAGCACGACGGCCAUAGCGGGCUUUCUCAGAGGACUCAGUUUCGAGAAGGUUCGAGAGAUGCUGAUGGCCCGUGGCAUCAAGACACCGGUGCGCAGAGUGGCCAUCAUAGCACCGGCCAAUGUUUGGCGGCAUCUGGCUAAGUUUGAUGCCCGCUUUAAUCGGCUCGGCGUGACCAAAGUGACAGACUUCGUGUUGAGAUGCAUCAAACCGGUCUAUGGCUUGAGUGACGCGCCGCUGGCUUUGCAGCUGUGCAUGCGUACCCACUUUGGAGCAGAAGGGAACGACGGCUACUCCUCCGGGGUCACCACUCAUGUCGAUGACUGCGGCGCAGCUGGAAAACGCAAGUGGCUGGACGAGCAGUGUGCUCUGCUGGUGGCUAUAAGUUCGGGAAGGAACUACGCCCAGGAAGACGUGCUUGUCUUGCUGUGUGAAGAUAAGCUGAGCAAGCGCAGCCGUGAUGAUGAACGUGUUCUGGAAGACCACGACACCCGUCUCCUGGGUGGACGAUCGCACAUCUUGUGGGGCCAUGGUGCGAAAGCCAAGCGCAUCAGCUACCCGAGGUCUCAUGCCGGGACUGGCUGCCAUAUCUGGCUUGCAGGCCAGCACACUAGUCGCAGUACGGCCAAAGCCGAGCUGAUGUAUCUUCCGGGCCGAGCUUCCUUGCAGGCUCUCAUUGGAGCACGGCAUCCCACGACUGCCGGUCGACGCCUACACCGACUGCAGAGAUUUUCUUCGAGUUGGCCUGUGGGGACAAGUCAUGACAAGUCUGUGGCCCAGGACAAGAACCAGCGGCUGUAUGUGCUGGUUUUCCGAGAGGCCAGAAUGAUGGGCCGAAUUCGGUUCAUGAUCCUAUGUCCCACGCAGUCGAUGAGGGCGGAUGCUCUGACCAAAUCUAGGGUCUCCCCUCCGUUAAUGAAGCUCUUGACUUGCGGCGAUGUCGAGUUUUUCAACGAAGGUGACCAGAAGAUGACUUUGAGGUCGCUUCCCAGACUGGCGACAGUGCACGAGAAACACUUUGGCAUGACCGACAAACAGCUCAUCCGCGAGGUCGCCACUCUGGCCGCUUCUUCGUACUUGGCAACCUGCAAAACAAGGUUCCUUUGGACUACUUUCAUGUUGUUUGCGGCUAUGUUACCGACUACCUCUGCGAACUCUUUCGGCGGCUUCGAGUUCUACUACCACUUCCAGCAUUUCCUCUUACCUCGGCCGAUGCACCUUUUCCGCAGAGAAGUGCAACCACCAGCCGCGUGCAUGGAUGUGACGCUUGUUUGCAGCUGCAUCGGCGACUCGGAUGCCUUAGUCCGACGUGCAGCGCUGGAUGCAGGCGUGCGGCUUCUCAUCCCAGCGCCUGUCAGCGAAGACGCCUCAGAAGAGGAAGCCAGCGCGGCCGCAAAAGCUUUGACACAGGUGCAAUGCUCCGAGCUGUGCUGCAGCUUCGUUGAGAAGGUGUUGCACCUGCUUCGAAGAGACGAGGACUGGGGCGUGCGCCGAGUGGCGAUGGCCUCGCUGGCUGCGGCUGCGCCCCGCGGCUGCGAGGGAGCGCUGGUGGCGCUACAGCCUUUCCUCACCGACACCGACGACGACGUGCGUGCGGCAGCAGCUGCUGCAGCUGGACGCUUGGCGCCUCUGGGUGAUGAGGCUUGGAUUACUCCUUUGCUGAAACUUCUCGAGGACGAUGACGAGGCCGUCCGACAGGCUGCACUACUGGCAGUGGCGCGUACAGCGCCCAAAGGCCACCGGGGUGCCUUGGAGGCGGUGGGAGAUCUAAUGGACGACGAUGACGCUUUGGUAUCAGCUGUCUGUUCCCUGCACCUAGGACAAAGUCAGGCGCCUUGCGGCAACAACGCUACGCGCCUUACGCAGAUGAAAAAGUUUGAGCAUGAAAGCGAGCUUUACGGAUUCUCCAAUAUCAAUACGGGUGAAUGGACAGAUGGACUGGUGGCACUUCUGGUGCGAGAGGCCGUAAGCGACACUUCGGACAGCAAGAAAUGGGUGGUCUUUGACGGGCCUGUGGAUGCCAUCUGGAUCGAGAACAUGAACACGGUGCUGGAUGACAACAAAAUGCUCUGCCUCGCGAAUGGCGAGCGCAUCAAGCCCGGCACUCGGCUCCCACCGACCAUGACCAUGCUCUUCGAGGUGGCCGACCUGAAGGAGCUGGGCAGAGAAUUUUAA